ACCAUGUUUAGUCUUUUGGAUGCCGCUUGGAAACAACUUUAUCAAGUUCAACAACAUACCACUAUUUUGUUAGGCCCAUCAAAUGCCGGCAAGACGACAAUACUUGAAAGGCUAAAGAUCCUUUUUGCUGAAACUGAGAACCACAAACAACUGCCCAAGGUUCGGCCGACAAUUGGUCUCAACGUAGCCAACUUGAAAGUCUCUUCUACUUACUUUCUUCUUUGGGAUUUUGGAGGAAAGGAAUCGUUGAGACCUAUCUGGGAAAAGUAUGUAACCGACGCUGAAACGGUCGUUUAUGUGAUAGACUCUUCUUCAGAAGAGACUGUAAACGAUUCCAAGAAACUUCUUAAAGAGUUGCUUGAACGUACAGAUCUAGUAAAAGUCCCGUUUCUAAUUUAUGUGAACAAGCAAGAUCUUCCUGGAGCUCUAUCACUCCUCCAAGUGGUAGACAAGCUUGACCUACCGUUCGAAGUGGAUAGAUUACGUUGGUUCCAAAACUGUUCUGCAAUUCAAGGUUACGGUAUUAAGGAAGGUUUUGAGUGGCUUGAACGACAUUUAGUGGCAAAACCUCAAAAGCUAUCCGAUCAUAAUAUAGUAAAAGUUGCCAAACCAAAACCCAGCUAUCUUAGCGAGCAGUGAAUUAAAAAAAUUUUUGAACAAUACGAAAAAAACAUUUCUUCUUGCAGUUUUCUAACUUGUUGUAUUGUUGGCUGUGUAUCUAAACCGCACAGCAACUUGGCUGUAUAAACUUAUAGUGGUUCAGAAGUGGAAGUUUAGAGAUCUCUGAAGAAAGAAUUAUUUAUAUAAAGCUCAAAUUUUUAAA